AUAGGAUGACGACAACAGCGCGCGCCCUGAAUGGGCAUAUGAAUGACACCCCCUGUUGUACUGUUUGUUUUCCUGUAGUAUCGUAAGUAGUGUAUUUAUGUUUUAGAGUCUGUCUUUCUUUAUUGUUUUAAGGUCGUACCGUACAUUACCGGAGUGUGUAAACUUUAGCUACAGUUCUCCGUCAGCCGCGCCUUAACUCAGUUAGCUUGGUGUGCAGGUUCACAAGAGUCCAAUGUUUGGCUAACCCACAGAGGACACUAUCAUGGCAUACACGCAGAUCUUAGGAGCUCUGCACCGGAGUCUGCAACAGACUGCGACCCACUACUCCGUUCAGAAAUGCCUUUUUAUCCACACACACAGGACGGUGUCUACAGUAUCCAAACAGGUCUUCCCUAGGAGGAGGGAGAUCCCGGGUCUGAGCUGCUUCAUUCAGGUGCAGAGACGGCAGGGUUUCAUGCUCGACUCCUCCGACAGAAACAAAGUUAGCCCCGAGGACAGGGACAGAUCUGUGUCCAGGUUUCAGGGUGGAAGCCCGAGGACCUCAACUGCUCAAAAAGGUACUCAAGACACUGACAUACAGAAAUCCUUUUCUAUUUACUGUAGCUCAAAGAGGACUGAAUUCAUCUGCACUCUCAAAUCAUAAGGGAGGACUCAGCUGAUUGUUGACACUUUGGCGUGACAAGUUUCUUUAAACAUGAUAGUAAGACUUAUAUUUGGGCAUGCUAGGUCAGUGUAGAUUUUAGUAAGUAAAAUGAGAUAAGUGAAUAGUAGGAGAAAGUGGGGUAAGAUGAGCCAUUACUCAUAUUUCGGAUCAGUACAUCAAGGCAAUCAUAGUUUUGUCUCUAACUAGUGUAUCUGCAUAUAUUUUUUAUUCAUUUACUGAACUACUGACUUGUAAUAUCUUUUAGUGAAAAACGCAGGCAGAGACUUCACCUAUCUGAUGGUUAUCCUCAUCGGGCUGGGAGUGACAGGUGAGUGCAGCCUCAAGAUGUAAAGCAUUGCCAUCACAAACAAGCAGAUUUAUUGUAAUAACACAAGCCAGUUACUAACAAGUAUGUUUUUUGUGUUUGUUUGUUUGUUUUAGGGGGGCUGUUAUAUGUGGUGUUCCAGGAGCUGUUUUCUUCCUCAAGCCCAAAUAAAAUUUAUGGGAAAGCCUUCAAUAAAGUCAAGUUGGACCCAGAGGUAAGCCAAACAUUAUUUUCUUAACAGACAAGCAUUUUUCUUAACAUCUGUUUAUGAGAGGUGAACACAAAAGUGUGCAAUUAAACAUUUGCCUUCUUGUUAGGUAAUUGGUGCAUUUGGGGAGCCGAUCAAGUGUUAUGGGGAGACUACCCGCCGAGGAAGGAGGCAGCAAGUCAGGUGAAUAACAGACACAUUUAUGUUCAUUGAGGGCAGGAUAUUAUUAGAAUAUGUCUUAAUGUUUUUUUUUGCAUCAGCUAAUAAGUAAAUGAAAUGAUCCAAAGAGUCAUCUUGGAGUUUUGGUUUUAGGUUGCACAGUUUUCUACUUGGGUAGCAUUAGUGUGGCAGGUGUGAUGAGGUCUCACAUGGACUUUAUCUUGUUAAUUUGUGUUUCCAUCAUAGUCACAUGGAGUACCUGAAGGACGGUCGAAAGCACAUGCAACUGAAGUUUUACAUUGAGGGCUCAGAGCCAGGCCUCAAAGGAACAGUUCAUUCGGAGUCAAAAGAGGUUUGUAGAUAUAUUCCAAAAGCGAUUGCAAAAGUGCAAAGUUGAUACUUUGAGAGUUAACCAAGCAACAAAACUUUCCUAAUGUGUGUUUUCCAGAAUCUUGAAACUGGGAAAUAUGAGUUUCGGUACAUCUUUGUGGACGUAGACACCUACCCAAGACGAACCAUCGUUGUGGAAGAUAACCGAUAAGAUGCAAAACGACUCUUAAGUGCCGCGUCACUAAAAAGAAUUUGUGUUUCCAAAUGUCAGGUUUGUGAUGGACAAGCAGCCAAAGAUUUGCAGUGGAUUAACUUCCCUUUGGUGUUAAAUGCUGUUAUGUUAAACAUGAACAGAUUGGAUUGCAACGAAGCUUGGUGAUGAGCUUUGCAAAGCACAGUGUCUGUCACUGAAAAUCGGGAUUGAUUUUUAUGGGUUAUCUUUUUCAGCAGAGGGAUGACAGGAUUAUAUGAAUUACAAAAUCUGCCUGUAUCAUGUGUCAUUCAACAAAAAAAGGUGUUGUGUUAUUCUGGAAAGUGUUGCUAUGGAGCUGUGUAAAACUUCCUGAAUUGGGUUCAUUUGGGGCUUUUGCAGUCAAUUAAAGUUUUACCUUCAAAAUGUGGUUUCUAACACUGUUGGAUCUGUAAAUGAAUUUUAUAUUAAGUAUGUUAUCACCACACAAAACAGUCUCUUUAUUCUGCUCGAUGUUGUAUUUUUUGUUUUGUUUCAGGUUGGUCACUUAGGGGAGAGUGGGGUAAGUUGAGCCAAAGUGUAAGUUGCUUGGAAAUGGUAAAAGAAAUUGAUCAUGUGACCAAAUAUUUAGGAGAUAGGCAUCAAUUCAUGGAGUCUGUGAAGGUUAAAAGCACAUGGGUGAAGGGG